AUGUCCGUUUUGGCCGGCCUGGCCAUAGCCGCAGAACUGCAGUCCACCGUCGCGCCCCUGUUCAGACCAGCGGGCGAAAUCAUACCAGGUCGCUACAUUGUCAAGCUCAAGUCUGAUGGCCACUUGCGUACUGCAAGCGAAAGCGUUUUGAAACAUGUCGCGGCGGCUGAGCAUGUCUAUAGCAACAUGUUCCCUGGCUUUGCAGCGUCGCUGGACAAAGCAGAGUUGGCAUUUUUGCGGCUCAGCCCCAGUGUAGAGUACAUUGAGCACGACAUGACUGUGAAGCCAUUUAGCUACAUUGACCAGCCGAAUGCUGGAUGGAACCUGGGACGUAUUUCCCACCGCCUGCCCGGACACAACACGUAUACCUAUGACAGCUCUGCCGGGGCCGGAACAUGCUCGUACAUUCUAGACACGGGAAUUGCACCCGACCACACGGAAUUCGGCGGUCGCGCCGCGCAGAUCAAAUCAUUUGUCAGCACCAACACCGACGGCAACGGCCACGGCACGCACGUGGCGGGCGUCAUCGGGGGCGUGGUGCACGGCGUCGCCAAGCGCACGCGUCUCUACGGCGUCAAGGUGCUCGACGACAGCGGCAGCGGCACGCUGAGCAACGUGAUUGCGGGCAUGGCCUUUAUCGCCAGCGACGCCAAGACGCGGACGUGCCCGCGGGGCGCCAUGGCGAAUCUGAGCAUCGGCGGGUCCUACUCCAAGGCCGUCAACGACGCGGCGAGGGCGCUGGUGCGCGCGGGCGUCUUUGUGGCGGCGGCGGCGGGCGGCAACAACGGCGACGCGGGGAGGACGUCGCCAGCGUCGGAGCCGACAGUGUGCACGGUGGCGGCGAGCACGGAGCGGGACGCACGCGCGUCGUUUUCAGACUACGGGUCGGUGAUUGACAUUUUUGCGCCGGGGGUGAGCAUCAAGUCUGCGUGGCGAAACGGCACAACGCAAACGCUCUCGGGCACGAGCAUGGCUGCGGCUCACAUUACGGGCCUCGGGGCGUAUAUCGCGGGACUGGAGGGGUUUCCGGGCUCCGAGGCACUGUGUAAGCGCAUUCAACAACUUGCGACGUCGGGUGUCUUGACUGGUGUCCCGGUUGGCACGGUCAAUCUGCUUGCCUUUAACGGGAAUCCGUCAGGGUGA